AUGCUUCAAGAAGCCCACCCGAAUGUUUUCGCUACGACCGUUUCUCAUACCACGCGCGAACGACGUCCCGGAGAGGUGGAAGGUCAAUCAUACUUUUACGUUUCUAGAGACAAAUUCGAGUCCCUCAUUCGCCAACACACCUUCGUAGAGCACACUGAGUUUAAUGGCAAUCUCUAUGGUACUAGCAAGCAGACUGUUAUUGAUCAAACGGCGAAGGGCUCUACUGUGAUACUCGACAUUGAGAUGGAAGGGGUGAAACAACUAAAGCAAGAACUCUUGAAACCCAACCCACCAAUUCGACCCAGAUUCGUCUUCAUACAACCCCCGAGCUUCGAGGUUUUGGAGGAACGACUGCGUGGCCGCGGUACAGAAACCGAAAGCAGCAUACAGAAGCGCUUGAAUCAGGCUAAAGCGGAGUUGGAAUACGCACAAACCGGCGCGCAUGACAUUAUCAUCACUAAUCGAGACCUCACCGAAGCAUUCAAGGAGCUGGAGAAUUUCAUUUUUACCACUGUGUAA